AUGACCAUGUUGCAUACGGCGGGGCGCACAGACCAAGUCGGAAACGAAAGGGAAGAGUCGCAUCCACCGGCACUUCAUCACUACCUUUUUCGCGGUCUCUGUGCCUACCACUUACGCAAUUACCUUCUUCUACACAUCACAAUGGCUUCCGGUUACGGUAACAACGGCGGUCCCGGCCGCUGCUAUCCCUUCUGGCAAGAGGUUCUUGGUUGCUACGUGGUGAACUCGGGCGAUGGUGCGAGCGGCAAGAAGAAGUGUGUGCCCGCCCUGGACGAUUACUAUGAGUGCCUUCACCACCGGAAAGAGGCUCUCCGCACUAUGAAGAUGCAAGCUGCCUAUCGCAAGGCCGAGGCCGCACACCCGCGAGAGAACGCCCCUAAGGCUGAGCAAAUCCGGAGCUUGGGUCUACUUGGGAAGGAAGAGGAGGCAGCCAAUGUGCUGAGCCAACGGUGAAUGGGAAGGAUUUGCUUAUUCUUUUUCAAUGCGUGUGAUUCCGUGUUUCCGCCUCGGGACUUUUGCCCGGAGCCUGUGACUGUAUAGAAACGCUUAACUGGUUGACUUUCAGGCCUGUCAGUGCGAAAUGAUACUCCAAUUCAACGACAAACAG